AUGGACGACAAACCCAAAGACAAAGAGUCGACAGGCUACAUCGCCGACCCCUCGGCAUCGGACACGUCCGUGACGAACCAGCUGGAGCAGAUGGGGUACAAGUCCGAGAUGAAGCGGAACUUGGGGAUGAUAAGCGUUUUGGGGCUGAGCUUUGCGAUCAUGGCGGUUCCAUUCGGGACGAGUACGACGCUGAAUAUUGCGUUGACGGAUGGGGGGCCGGUGACUAUUCUUUACGGCUGGAUCUUCGUUUCGCUUGUUUCGCUGGGUAUGGCUGCUAGUCUUGCGGAGAUCUGCUCUGUCUAUCCAACCUCUGGCGGUGUUUACUAUUGGUCCGCUAUGCUUUCGACUCCGAAAUACUCUGCUUUCGCCUCAUACUUGACAGGAUGGCUAGGUACCGUCGGGAACUGGACAGUAACAGCCUCAAUCACGUUUGGCGGAAGUCAGCUCAUCCUGGCCGCCGCGACCCUGUUCAACGAGGAAUACGUCCCAACGCCAUGGCAGACGUGUUUGGUCUACUGGGGAGCUUUGAUCUGCUCCUUGCUCAUCAAUCUGUUCUUCAACCGUCAUCUGGAUAAGCUGAAUACCGUGUGCCUAUACUGGACAGCUGCUUCUAUCAUCAUCGUCCUGCUUUCUAUGGCAGAAGAACGGAACUCGGCAGCAUACGCAUUCGGAGGGUUUGACGCGUCUGCAUCUGGUUGGCCUGAGGCCUGGGCUUGGUUCGUUGGACUGUUGCAGGCAGCCUAUACAUUAACUGGGUACGGGAUGGUCGCCGCACUCUGCGAGGAAGUCAAGGAACCAGCCAGAGAAGUACCGAGGGCUAUGGUGCUGUCCGUAGCUGCUGCAGCUAUCACCGGGCUGGUGUACCUUCUGCCGAUUAACUUUGUACUGCGCGAUAUCCCUGAUCUUCUCGCUGUAGCAUCUCUACAGCCUAUGCCCCUGCUGUACAAGCUGGUGACCAGAUCAUCCGGUGCGGCGCUUGGCUUGCUCAUCCUCAUCCUCGGUGUCUGGUUCUUCGCUACCAUCGGCUCCCUCACCGCCGCAUCUCGCUGUACCUGGGCUUUCUCGCGCGACGGCGGCAUCCCCGGGUCACAAUGGUGGAAAGUCGUCAACCCGCGGUAUGGCGUCCCGCUCAACUCGCUGAUCUUGUCGACUGUGGUCUGCGGUCUGCUGGGUCUGAUCUACCUUGGGAGCAGCGCAGCUUUCAACGCUUUCACUGGAGUCGCGACAAUCUGUCUCGGCUGCUCCUACGCUUUCCCUGUGUUCUGCUCCCUGGCGCGACGGAGGAAGAUGGUACGGGAUGCGCCGUUCUCACUGGGAAAGUUUGGCUAUUUCAUCAACAUCCUGACGGUAAUCUGGAUCAUCUUCUCCAUCGUGCUCUUCUGCAUGCCAACCGCCAUCCCGGUCACUCCACCUACUAUGAACUACGCGAGCGUGGUCUUUGCGGGCUUUUCGACCAUCGCUGGGCUGUGGUAUGUCAUCAGCGCGAGGAAGUACUACAAGGGCCCGACAGUCAGUGCAGUGAGGAGGGAGUCGUACUCCGAGUAA